AGUCUGUAUUCUCUAGCUUCCCCCCCCCCCCCCUUGUCUCCUGUCUCCGGACGGAUCGUCUUGUACCGGAGCCGCUCUUAAAGGGGCAAUGCACCGAAACCGAGCCCGGACACCCGGACCGGGGGAUCUCUCACGUUCUUGGCUUUGAUUUCACUGUGGUGCUCUAAGGUCCCCACUUCCAUAUUUUUUUUUUCUUGUUUGUCCACCGUUUUGUCUUUCUGAUCUUCCUGUCCUAAACUUUCCUCCUCAUGGAAGACGUUCCCUCCACGUACCUCUCUGGACAGGAUGAUGUGGAUAAUUUACCACCUUACCCACUGCCAUCCAUUGGGAAGAAUGAAGCUUGUGCCCCAAUGCCAUGUCCAGGAGGUGUGGAGAUUGUCCUUGUGGGAGGUGGAGAAGCCAAUGAUGGGGCCUAUCCAGAAGAAGGUGGUGUCCUCACAUCCUACCCGCACAUGGGAUAUAGAGAAGACAACCGAGAAGGCAUCAGAAUAACCCACCCCAGGGAUUCGGAUGGAAUGAACUCUGGCAUUAUGGGACGCCCAGAUCAAGACCACCAUUCAUCUAAAUAUAAUCUUCCAGCACCUGACCAUCGGACCUUACACCAGCCUGGCACCCAUACUGCCCCUUGGGGGUAUUCAGCUUCAGAUGCUCAUGAAGAAGGUGAAAGGGAAUCUGAUGGAAUGACUUCAGAAGAUCAGUACUUGCAGAGCAGAAGGUAUGAGUGGUCUUCAGGUUUGGAUGAGGAAGAAGGACAGUCACAGUUAUUGAUGAUAAGAACAGACCCACCACCCAUUAACAUGCCAGCCUUCAGAAGAGCCCUGCACCUAGGAAGAGCUCAUGAGGCCUGGCAAGGAGGAAACUACUCAGAAGAGGAUGCACAUGUAGAAGUAGAAGAGGAGGAGGAGGAAGACGGUUCGGUUUACACAUGCAUCGAGUGCAACAUUUAUUUCAAGAAAAAAGCCCAUCUUUUGGAGCAUAUGUUCCAGCACUCUCAAGAAGAAGGAGAGGGGUUGCAGGCAGGUGAAGAGUCUCACACCUGUGGCGAAUGUGGAAAGGGAUUUGUAGAUGAGGAGAGUCUGGAAUCUCACCGCCAACUUCAUCAGGAGUCCAGACAGAAAAUAAUAGAAGAAAUUGGCAAAUUGGAGAAUCUAGCAGAUGAAGGACGUGAUGCCCGUUUGCAGUGCCCCAAAUGCCUCUUUGGUACAAAUUCUUCCAAAGUAUUUGUUCAACAUGCAAAGACCCAUGUGAGAAAGGUCGCUGGAGAAACUCGGGGAAAUCCAGCAUCUUUCAGAUCAUCUUCUGAAACGCUAGAAGGAGGUGAAACCUCUGAAAUGGCAAAUGAAGCAAUGUGGAAGGGUAAAGAUGCAGACGCUACAAUAGACAAGGGGUGGAGAUCAGAUAUACACAAACCUGUGGAGAAGGGGCCCAGUAAGAUAACAAGAAACAAUAUGACUAAAGAAGACUCUGAAAAUUCUAUACAUGAAAAGCUAAAUACUGAGGGAGAAAUUGGUAAGUCCACAAAGGCUCUCCAACUCCCAGAGGCUGCCGUAAAGUUAAAGAAAAGGUUUCAAGAGACCCUCCGAUCAGGUGGGAAAUGUGAGGAGGACCAGAGGCAACAGUUAAGAGAGCAGGUUGCUGUUGUCUUUCUAAAGAAUAUUGGACCCAAGAAGCGGAGACCAAAGGGACAUCAGCCUUUGGGAAAAAAACUUUCAGCAGGCAACAAAGGGCUGCUGACACGCUAUGAACGCCAUCUAGCCAGAGAUGACUGGGGAGAAGCAGAAGAGGAUGUACCUUUAGAUGCCCUGUUAACGGAUCCCAAAUAUGCAAGCCAGCUUGAAGCCCUUGGGCUUAGGAGUGAGGAAAGAGAAUGUCCAUAUUGUCCAGAUCGCUUCCACAAUGGGAUAGGUCUCGCCAAUCAUGUCAGGGGCCACUUGAACCGAGUUGGAGUUAGCUAUAACGUACGGCAUUUCAUAUCAGCAGAAGAAGUCAAGGCUAUUGAACAGAACUACUCCUUUCAGAAGAAACGCAAGAAAGUGGCGAACUUCGACCCCAGUACCUUCAGCCUGAUGCGGUGCGAGUUCUGUGGUGCUGGUUUUGACACUCGUGCUGGCCUCUCCAGUCACGCCCGUGCCCACCUGCGAGACUUUGGUAUCACCAACUGGGAGCUCACAGUGUCUCCCAUCCAUGUUCUUGCUCGACUGCUAGCCCGCUCACCCGGUCGUCCACUGCCACCCUUUCCACCUUGGCAACAGGACACCGAUACAGACGCACUGUCCGAUGAGGAUGAUGGGUCACCAUUAGAUCUGGGGCGACCACAAAUCUCGAAACCAGAUCAGGGCCAGGUAGAGAAAAUGGCAUCGGAUCAGAGUGGAGAGAAAACCGAAGACUCUAAAGGCCCAGGUCCCACUACGUGCGAGUUAUGCGGAGCAUGCUUCGAGACCCGGAAGGGCUUAUCCAGCCACGCGCGCUCCCACCUGCGGCACCUCGGGGUGCCAGCGUCGGAGAGCAGUGGGGCCCCCAUUGACCUGCUGAACGAGCUGGCUAAACAGGGCAAGCUGCCGAAAGACGAGAGUUUAUUGGGGGCCAAGAAGGUGGCAAGCCCCCAGCCCGGAUCCCCCAAGGCCCAAUGGGGGGUGGAGGACGGGCCUCUGAAUCUGACUGUAGAAGGUGAAACCAGCAGAGAAAAUGACUGUCAGUUUUGUGGUGCUUGGUUUGAGACGCGAAAGGGCUUAUCCAGCCAUGCCCGUGCUCACUUGCGCCACUUGGGAGUGAAUGACCCGGAUGCCAAAGGUCACGCAAUUGCUGCUCUCAACUCUCUAGUCAAAAGUGACGAGUUCAAGAAGAGACUGUCUGGAGCCUUCCCGGCCGCUGACGACGGUCCUACCAAAGCUGCUGUUGAUAGCACAUCCAAAGAACCUGGCACAGAGCAAAGCACGUCAAAGGGAAAAGAAGCCAGCAUUUUCACCAAGAGGACCGAAGGAGUCGACAAGGGGAGCGAUGACUCUUCUGAAGAGGUCUCUGAUGCCAGUCCUCGUUCUGUGCCAGCAGAGAGUAACUUAAAAUUGUCUAACAGCACAGGUCCCAUAGAGACUUCCGCACACUUCAAAUGCCCCAGCGGGUCAGGAAACAGUACCCAGAUAAAAAUUGUUGAAGCCGGUGCCCCACGUAUUCUGUCUUCUGAAGUUGGUCACCAUACCAAACUGAUGGAGGCUGGCAGCUCUCCCCGAAAGCCAGAUGCUGUGCGCCUUCAUGGCAAGAUGGAACCCCCCCACCAUCCCAAGCCCUCAUUGACAGGGCAUGCUCGUCCUAGUUCAUCUAUCACUCCACCUACCAAAAAGCUGAAGAUGUCUCCUUCACCCUCCAUGGAGUCUUACUGGUCACCAACAAAUGUCUCGACUCCGCUUAAUUUAUCCCCAAGUUCGGAAGAAGUCCGCUGCGAGUUCUGCGGCGAGUUCUUUGAGAACCGAAAGGGCCUGUCGAGCCACGCACGCUCCCACCUGCGCCAGAUGGGCGUCACAGAGUGGCAUGUCAACGGCUCGCCCAUCGACACCCUGAGGGAGAUCAUGGCCACAGGGAACUGCCCCAGAUCGGCCAACAGAAUUGGAGGCCCGGACAAGCACCUCUCACAUCAUCCUCCCUCUUCCCCUUCCGGAUCCCACUCAUUCAGUGGGAUAUCUCAAACAAUGCACCGCAAGCCACCUCGGCUUACCACCUUCACAGCCAGCGAGUGGCCCACCGAUCUGUCACCUCUGAACUUGUCCUCUCGAGCAGACCCCACCCGCGACAUCCGCUGUGAGUUCUGCAAUGAAUUUUUUGAGAACCGCAAGGGACUGUCUAGUCAUGCCCGCUCUCAUUUACGUCAAAUGGGGGUUACUGAAUGGCACGUGAAUGGCUCACCUAUUGACACUUUGCGGGAAAUUAUACGCAAAAGGCGCCCAGGUCCACAGCAGCAAAUUUCUACCAUUAAAAAGGAGCCUCGAAGCGAUGAUGAACCACAAAGUCCAUCACAGAGACUGUCUCCCCUUGGGACUGGCUCUCAAGGAAUGGCUCGAGAUAUGUCAGUUUCUGUUCAUGGGCGUCCCCAUAACAACUUCCUGUCUCCAAUGCCAGCUAAGAGGCCGUUGUCCCAUGGACCAAGACAGCCUGAUCCAAGGGGCUUUGUGAAUAUAGAGCCAAAGACUUGCAAUCAGUCUAAGUCUUACAUGCACGGGGAACCUAGGCCGAAAAGUUACAUUCAAGAUGACGGUAGGCCCAAAACCUUUCUUCAGGGCGAUGCAAGACCCAAAGCGUUUUUGCAGAGUGCUGAUGGGAGGCCGAAGACUUUCAUUCAUGAAGGGAGACCAAAGGGCUUCAUGACAGGAGACCACAGACCUAAGGCAUUUAUGCAUGGGGAGCACAAGCCCAAGCCCUUUUUGCAAGGUGAAGGUAGACCCAAACCUUAUCUUCCCGGAGAAGGAAAACCCAAACACUUCAUGCAUACUGACAACAAACCCAAGGUUUAUUCUCCUGAUGGUAAGCCAAAGGCUUACAUCCAGACGGAGCUUCCUUUCAAGGUGAAGGUAAAGGCCUCUCCGGAGAAGACAGCGGCCUCAUUGGAGGCAUGUUGUGAACUAUGCGGCCUCUUCUUUGAAAACCGGAAAGCGCUUGCCAGCCAUGCCAGGGCUCACCUUCGUCAGUUCGGAGUCACAGAGUGGUGCGUCAAUGGCUCUCCAAUAGAAACACUACGCGAGUGGAUGAAGCAGCGGCCCCAAAAGGCUGGAGCUUAUCUCAGCUAUAUUCAAGGAGGGCGUCCUUACACUAAAAAGUUCAAACGGGCUUUGCAGUCACCAAAGCCUGGAGUGACUGAGAGGGAGAGUCCAUCCGUUACCCCAGUCAAGGUGGCAGAAGCAGAACAGAGCGCUGGAGCUCAUGGAGUGGCAGCCGAAAAGCCAGUAGAAGUACAUGGACACAAACCCGAGAGACGUCAUCCUAAGCCUGCUGAGGUCCCACCUACACGGGAUGAGACGGUCGCUGACCACCUUUCCAAAGCUGAGGAGCCACGACCACCUGUAAGAGCUCGGCCUGUCCCCUCUUUGGUGCCAAGACCUCCGCAGACAUCCUUGGUCAAGUUUGUGGGGAAUAUUUACACGUUAAAAUGCAGGUUCUGUGAUGUCCAGUUCCAAGGUCCACUUUCCAUCCAAGAGCAAUGGGUCCGUCACCUCCAACAUCACAUACUGGAAAUGAACUUCUCUAAAUCCUCCAGCCCACCACAUACUCUUUCAUCACAGGACCAGCAGCCUGAGCCUGCCAAAGCUCAGUAACCUCCAGCAUCAACAUUGCAUAGACCCCGAUGGACUGAUGAGCGCCCUAUACGACGCGUCCAUCGGCCAAUGGUGGCAUGCAAUUUGUAAUAGAACUCUUGAUGGUGGCUUACAUCAUAGUAGGAACCAAUGGAUCUAUUAGAAGAAGGUUUUGUGGAAAGUAAUGGUCUGGGCUUUGUGUAAAGAUUCAGAAGCACCUUUCCAGGUGGCAAGAGCUGGUAUUGCAGUAUGUAGGGGGAGGGGUGGAGAAGUGACCAUACUUAUGGAGCUGUGGGGAAUGUUAUGGAAGGUUAUUUUUUUUGAAGUUGUAGGGUAUUUUAUUGAACUUGUCUGAAAUCCUGACAAGUCGUGAAAUUCCCACUACUUGGCCUCAGGCUAUGAAGGAUGUUGUGUAAUGAUGACACGGUGCAAAAAUAAAGCUGUGAUCUGGUGACGACUUCUGAUAGGCGAGCGUAUCACUGUCCCCUGGACCACACCCCGGGCUGGUUUUAAUAGCGGUUCACUGGCACAUCACCUUCUUCCAUUUUUAGUGCCAUUGCUCACUUUAUCUGGUGACUUCGAUGUUGUGGUGAUUGCGUCUCCUUACCGGUUACGGAGCGGAGAGCAGACUGGGAUUACAGGCCCUGUAGUAACUUGGCUAUUUCUUAUACUGUUUGUUCACGAUGCAUUUGGAGGGUUGGGUUUUUGAUUGCAAUUAGAUCCUAUGUAUGUGCCCCCCCAGUCCCUGGACAGAACUUGAGUUAUUCAGUUCACACUAUGCCCCUAAUUUGUUAAAUCCUCUUUCACACUCCUGGUUGUGCAGUCGGCAGUGUGCACCCACUUAACCGGUAGGUACACUUGGCAGCUCAUGUUCUUAUUGCUGCAAUGCCUGGCAAAUGAGGCAACUGUGGCAGCAGUUU